AUGAUAUCAUGGUGUAACGAGAAAUACCGUUGUACACGAUGUCAUAAUAAUGAGCAUUUGGUGGAUGAUCUGCUGAUGAAAAGGCGAGAAUUCGAAAAUGAUACUGGUAUACUGCUGGCCGACGUCGAUUUGGAAGUGUUUCGUGAGAAUGUACCUCGUCUGAUCAACUGCAUUAAAUGCUAUCAGAAAUAUCACCAUUUCACUUACGAACCGGAAAAUACGUGGAUUUCUUUGGAAGAGGCACAGGUGCUCGUUCAUUCAAAUGCAAUCCAACGUUAUGUCGAUACAAUCAUCACACCACUUGCUACACUUCUUUCUGACGCUUUUAGGCCAAAAAAUCGACGCUGCGUAUGGGAAAAAAUUGGCGUUCAAGCAGCUGAACUUGUGGAAACGAUCGACAAAAUGAGAGAGGGAAAAGAAGUGACAGUGGCCGAAAAAGAGAAAUGGGUGAAGAAGGCGGUCAAGAAGAAGAUUAUUCCGGCUGAAUUCACAUCGGAGCAUGGAUUGCGACUUUACAUCGGAAUUAGGGAAGGAGAGUGGAAGUCCGAGGAUUUCAAGGGGAAAACGGAUCUUCAGAAAGUGUAUUAUUCUUUCAUUGAGGGAUUAGGGAAUAUUCGGAAGGACGAUCAACAGCUGUGGGUCUCCUUCUCUGCAACCAAAUCUUGUGAUAUCAUCCGGAUGAUCAAUAUUCUUCAUUCUCCACCCUUCCGCGAAGUAUUGUCGAAAACCCGUUGCAUGCUUUCACUUUCCACCAAUACUGAUCAUCCAACCGAGACGGCUGUCUAUGAAUGGGCCGGUGUAUGGAAACAGUUAUUGUUUAAUGGUCUUUCGUUGAGCGAGGAUGGGAUCAACUUCUCAACAUUUGUCAUUCGAAGUAUACAGAAUCUUUUGAAUGGAGGGACGUCUAAUUCUUCGGGAUUGCAUCUCCACAAUGGCCCUUGGCAUUUCCCAUUUAUCGGUGAGAAACAGAGGAAUUUUGAGGAGAAAUAUAAUGUUCGAAUUGUACUGAUUACGGUGGAAGGGAACGAGAGUGAGAGGAGAUAUCUAUGGAUUUUGCCUCGCAACAAGCCCAACAUAGCCAUAUACUUUAUCUAUGAUUCGGAUCGAUAUUUCAAAAUUUCCAUGGGUUCUCCCUCAGAUAUCGCGAAAUACGAGCAAGCGCAGCUGGGAAUCGUUGCAAAAGAUGAGGAAAUGAAAUUGGGAGGAGAGGACCUGGACGGCAAACCAUCGACCGACAUU